ACGUCCUUCGGGCACCGCCUCUCCACGUGGGGUUCCAUUGAGAAGGCGAUAAAGCUGGUUUCUCUCCUGUUUACAAGCAGUCGAUUUGGACGGAUCCAAAAGCAAACGUGGGGGUGGGAUCGUGGAGGGAAGCGCUCGGGAUUGGCCAGUUAUUUUCAACACAAGCCGUCACUAUCUCACUUUCCCUUCAUCCCAAGGACCGAAUUCGAAGGAAAGCUCCGGAUUCCUAAUUCCCUUCUUCUGUUAGUCUCAUUUUCCUCCUCUGGUGUGAUGAUGAAACCUAGCCACAAAGUGUGAGGCUAAUCCGUGAAAGGCGCAAAGAUCGGAUACAUCUCUGAAGAAGGGAGGUGUGCUGCACUUCUCAGGAUCCGGACAAAACAUUAUUUCCUUCCUACGUUUGCUACUUGCCGCGGGCGGGACCUUGCUGUUCGAAGGAUAGAGAGCAUUGGGGUUUAGUUCCUGAGACUCUGACUGCUGCAUCGUUACAUGGCAGAGCGGGUAUUCCAACCGGUUCUGCAAUGAGCAAGCAGCUACGGCAAAACAAGAUGCCACCGGAGUUUAGAAACGUGUGCGUCCUCCUGCCAAACCGAGACCAGCUCAAUGUGACGGUUGGGGUGAAAGCCACUGGACAGGAACUCUUUGAGCAAGUUUGUGACGUACUGAGAAUUAAAGAUCCUCAUUUCUUUGGCAUCAGUGUUGUAAAAAACAAUGAAUAUGUAUUCAUCGACCUGGAGCAGAAGCUUUGCAAAUAUUUCCCAAAGGAGUGGAAGAAAGAAGCAAGCAAAGGAACAGAGAAGUUCAGCCCUCCUUUGGUUGCUUUCUUCAGAGUGCAGUACUAUGUUGAAAAUGGGCGAGUUAUAAGUGACAAGGUAGCACGGCACUAUUACUACUGCCAUCUCCGGGAACAAGUGCUGAGGUCUCGGUGCACAGACAAAGAAGAAAUCUACUUCCUGCUGGCUGCAUACGGUCUCCAGGUUGAUGUGGGUGACUACCAGGAAAAUUUCCACCCAGGGAACUAUUUUGAACCUCAGACUUACUUCCCACAAUGGAUCAUUGCAAAACGAGGGAGCGACUAUAUCCUGAAGCAUGCUCCAGAGAUGCACCGAGAACAGCAAGGCCUCUCCACUAAGGAAGCUAUUCUGAAGUAUGUCAAGGAGUCUUGCUUGCUGGAAGAUGUGCCUGUCCACUUCUACAGACUGCAGAAGGAUAAGAAGGAGGAUCGCCCUACGAUUAUUUUGGGCCUGACCCUUAAAGGGAUGCACAUAUAUCAGGAGGUGAAUCACAUUCGCCAACUGCUGUAUGACUUCCCCUGGUCACAUGUUGGGAAACUUGCAUUUCUGGGGAAAAAAUUUGUGAUCCAGCCUGAUGGUUUGCCUUCUGCCCGGAAGUUGGUUUAUUAUACAGGCUGCCCCUUCCGGUCUCGGCAUUUACUACAGCUGCUCAGCAACAGUCACCGUCUGUUUCUUAACAUCCAGCCUGUACUUAAGCAGAUCCAGAUGCUGGAAGAUGCAGAAGAGAAGAAACGAUAUCGGGAAUCCUACAUCAGCGACGCAUUGGAGAUGGACCUGGAUCCAUCAGACAAGUAUUCGCAUGACAGCAGAAGCAGCAGAGGAAGUGAGGGGGACAACCGUCUGUCCCGACAGUCAACAGAUAGCCACAGCAGCUCACACACGUCAGGCAUCGAGGCUGACUCCAGACGUCGGAUUUCUGUGGAAAUGUCAGUGGACGAGCCCUUCGGGGUGGAUCAGGUUCAUCGGAAGGAGAAGUCCUGCAGCUCAAACAUCAGCUAUGGAAGCUCAGGCAUUGACAGCAGCAGCAAAGAGAGAGCAGAAGAUGACUCUCCGGAUGAUGAAGUUGAAUUGGCAGUGGACGAGCCAGAAGAGGUAUCUGUGGAUGAGCCUCAAUUAGAAGAUGUCAGAGACAGAAAAUCUGUUGAUUCUCUAGCAAAAGAUGGUGUUUGCUGCCAGGACGUUAACAAGAACCAUCUUUCGCUAGUGCAAGUCACGUUAAUAAAGGCCAAAGGCCAAAGUGUGGAAUCACUUUGCCAGAUUGCACAGCCCCAAGCUAUGAAGUGCCCAGACCAGCACAGCCAAAGUCUAGAUGACGUUCGCCUUCACAGAUGUCUUCAUCCACCACUAAGUGCCACUUUAUCUUCAGAUACCUCUCACAGCUACACAUUUGGUUGUGCCUUAGAGGAUAAGCUGGCCAACUAUGGGUGUGUGUAUUCAACAGCUGACUGCAAAACCAAGUCAGCCCUCUAUGGGAAGAGGUCCAUGAACUGCCUGUCUCUGGAUCUCUUGGGAGAAGAUCAGGUCCCAGAGGAAUUUGUGGUGUAGUCACACUGGAGAAACUUGUGGACUGUCUUGCGAAAGGGCAUGCACACAAAAAUGGAAUGACUACUGAUCUGAUGGGAAAUGGAUGCCGUUAUAGAUAGAUAGAUAGAUACUUCAUCAUGUGGAAUCCUUUCCUUAUUGUUGGCCUCUAUGGUUUGUCACUCUUAUUCAAUCCAACAGACCUGAUCAAAGUGCAAGGUAAUAAUUCUAAAUGCUGUGAUUCCAGACUGGAUUUCUGAGGAUUGCUUCUGGAUCAUUGGCAGGAACACUUACUACUUUAAAAAAAAAAAGGUGGUGGGCAAAAACAAACAAACCUGAAAACACUUGCAGGGUGCAGAACUAUUUUCCUCCUGUUUCCAAACUCUGCUCCAAUUUUCAUCACUUUUUCUUCACGCUGCUUCAGUACGUUGUAUUCUUAGGGAGGUUGUGUUCCUAAAAUGUGCCUCUAUCAACUGACUCUGAUGCCAUUUGGCUCAUAGGGGGAGUAGAAUCUGCCUUCUGUUAGAUGCAGUUUUCCUCUCCCAAACUUGUCACUGGUCAGGUAAGUCAGAAGGAGUCCAGUAUCCUGUUUGAAAUAUCUGCCAUGAAAGCCCCUCCAACUGUUUCUUGCAAAAAGAGAGAGGGGCAGCCCCAGAAGAAAGGCAAAACCUCAAAGCGCUACCCCAAAAUGAUUUAAAAUGUGUAUUUGCCUGUUAGGAUAAAAAAUCGGGGGGGGAUCUUAUGUUCUGAUCUAGUAAAGGGCUCUAGCUGCUAUAUUAGAUCAAGAUGUAUGAUUCUUUGCCCAAAUAUAUAUAUGUAUAUGUAUUUUUUAUUGACAUCCAUUGGACAUAAUUAUGGCAUCAAUGAAUUGUUUGGGGCUGGGGUGCCACUUUGAGGCUGUGCUUUUCCUUGUUUUUUCCCCCCAACCAUUUCUUGAAAACUGUUUGAGAAGACAUUGGCACAAUAGUGCUCACAAGGCGCAGAAUUGUGUCACAAAGCAACAGCGUGAGAAACAGAACCUAGAUGUCACACCAUUUUUAGAAAUGACAUGGAGGUCAUUGAGCAGGAAAUUCUGUAAGAGAGGAGCAUGGUUUUCCCAGAAUUGGACAAGUAUGAUAACUUUCGCUUGAAGCUCACAUACCGGUCAGUAUGCAUUGAAAUUCCAUUGAUUUCAAUGGGACAUAGGUCUGCUUAACCUCCUGGAUGAUGGUUAUUUUGUAUGGCAGGAAAGAAACUGUGUCAGUUAACAGGAGCUUGUGGGCGUCCCACUGGCAUUUGGUUGAUCCCCUGUAUGAAUGGUAGUCUAGAUAGGACUUUGGUCUCACCCAACAGGUCUCUUAUUGUAUUCUUACUCUGUUCACUAAUCAUGAUUCUGAAAUAAUGGCUAGUUUGAUCACUGCUUUACUUUGCAAAAGAACGUUGUCUUAACUUUUAGUAGCAGUGCAAAUGAAUUACAUCAUAUGCUGUUUAUAUGCUUUCUUCCCGUGGGUUGGUUGGUUCACACUCAUGUUCAUCAUUCAUUUAGCAUCAAGUGAUUAUGACUUGCUAACACUGAGGCUAAACUUCUCAUUAAAAUGUUUUUUGGCAAAAAUCAGGGUGGGCAAAAGAGGAGGUGAACCACCCUGCAAAUUUUGUGUGUUUUGGGGAGACAAAAUCUUGUUAGAGAUGCUGAGGCAUAGCAGGAAAAGCAGCAGCUGCAGCUUUUCUUUUUGUCCCCUAAACCUUCCACUGCAAGUGGCAGCUGCCAUUUCCCCCCACAAUACCACCUUGGGACAGCAUGAUGGGACCCCAGGGUUGUUCACACAUUACACUGAACACAGGUACAAGUUGCACAGAUACAUGUGCACGUGAAAGAAUAUUCACCUGUUGAUUUGCACAGCUCAACUAUUUGUGUACACGGGCAGUGGUGGUGGUGUGAAAUAUCACCUAUAGGAGCUCUAUAGCAGCAAAGCUAUGGUUGAAGAAAAGGGAACGCUGCUUCCAUCACUUUUCCCAGUUGUCCUGGUCCCUCAGAAUUACUAGAACAAGUUUGACCUGCAACAAAUGGUUGCUAUUUGGAGUGCUCCUGCUCAGUGUUCCAGCCAGCCAUAUAUUCUCCAGGAUAGCCAAUUCCAACCUCCCUCCGAAAUCCAUGGCCAUUGAGUAUCUUCAAUCCCCACUAAGCUAUUUUAGAGGGUUUCCCCCUUAGCAUUUUUCCUCAAGUUUUGUAGGGGGGUUAGUACUUCUGCACACUUCAGGGCUCCUCCUCAAACAUGCUGAUGUCUCCCUCUUUUGGAUGGAUGGGACUAUUUUAGAUACACAAUGAGCCACACUCAAAGAAUGAAUUUCCUAUGAGUAUAUAGGAUUUCUUCCACCACACAAAAAGAAUUGCCAAAAAAUACCCCCUUCCAAGUUCACUGUUCAAAUAAAGUGGGGGGGGGGCAUUUCCGUCAGGCUCUAAUGACUUGUGUGUUUGAAUGAAUAUUCACAGAUUUAUCACAGCUGCCAAAACAUUCAUUUCAACUCUCAUACAAUGCUUUUCAGUGGCAACAGUUCACACAGAUUUGAUUGGGAGUCAUUAAGUAUUGGGUAACGAAGAUAUGAGCAAUGAAGUGAUUGAGAUGUAUAAAAUUGUGUGUAGUAUGGAGAAAGUGGAUAGCGAGAUAUGUUUUUCCCUGUCUCAUAAUACUAGAAACCAGCGAAUCCAACAAACCUGAAUGUUGGGAGAUUCAGGACAGACAUAGGAGGUACUUCUUCACAUAGCACAUAAACUAUGGAGUUUACUCCCAGAAGUUGUAGCGAUGGUCACCAACUUGCAUGACUUUAAAGGGAGAUUAGGCAAAUUCAUGGAGGAGAUGGCAGCUACUAGCUAUGAUGGCUAUGUCCUACCUCCAGUGUUGGAGGUGGUAUGUCUCUGAAUACCAAUUGCUGGGAAUCACAUUUACGUCCACUGUGGAAAAAGAAUGUUGGACUAGAUGGGCCUUUAGCCUGCUCUUAUAUACACACCUGUGUUGACCAGUCCUGAAUAUUUCUUGGAUCUUUUUUGCCUGUCUGUUUCAGUGUAACAUUAUAGUCCAUCAAAUGUGUGCACAUUUUGCUAUAGAAUCUGGGAAUGUAACGAAGACAAUAUUUAUUAAUGUGCAUUAUCUUAAUUGUCUUCUUUUUGGCAAUAGCAUAUUUGCUUUGUCAACCCUAUGUUUUUUCUGUGAAACAGUUCUUUCCAGACUAGCUAUUGCCAUCAAAGUAACCUAAAGGGUUUUUUUUUUUAAUGUUUCCAGAAAAUUAUAGGGCUGAAAAGACUGGUGAGAUCCACUAUAGCAUUAUUGAGCCUUUUGCAUGAAGAUCAGGAAUGUGAAAAUCAGGAAUGAAGAGGGGAAAAGAGAGGAGAUGAAAAGCUGCUGCUAAAACAGAUUUCAUUCUCUUGUGUGCCUCCUUUUCAAGAGAGGUGUGAAAUUUGUCGCAGAUUCUGUGCAUUGUCCACUAAGAAGUUAUCUUGCACAAGCCUUAUAAGAAUGAAUGGAAGCUGCUCUCCUGCAGGGUUUGUGCAGGAAAACAGCCCACUGGAUUGUGCUCUGUCAACUUCCACCAGUUUGAUACUUACUGAUCCUAAUGAGCCACCCUCUAGGCAAUUUUAAACCUGCAACCCUUAUUGCUACUACUGUACUGAGAAAUUACUACAGUCUCUAUUUUUUUUAAAAAAGCUAACUUUCCCAUUCAUAGUUCACGUGUGAGAAAUUAGUGCCAACCCUUUUAAUUAGUCCCUUCGUAUGUUGCCCACUGCCUAAGAUGGUUAUAGAUUCUCGCUACCUUGUACUUCUGUACAUAUAUGCGUAUUUAUUUGUAGUAAGCAAAAAUGAAUCAGACUGCAAACUUUCACAUACGUUGUCUUAGUUUCUCAGAACAGACAAGAUUAAUUGGAAAGGGAGGAAAUCCAAAUUGUGUUCAGGAUGAAGCCUAGUUCUCAUGAAUUGGGGUGAUCCUGCCAAAUUUGAGCACUUCCAUUGUUUUAUAUUCAACUCUGCCCAUUUAAAGCCCACUAAUUGUUUCAAACAAUAAAACUGAACAUGCCUAAACUUUGCAGGAUCACAUGCUGGGUCUCUGCUUACCUUCUGGGGGGAUUGCACCCACUUUUUUUCUUUCUCUCAUCUGUGGAAAAGGUAACAUGAGAACCACAGUGAUUCAUUCCCCUUGUCUUGAUGAAAGCUCUGCAGCCACUAUGAUGGCUAUGCAGCCUCCUUCUGAUUCAUGUGAACUGAAGAGUUCUUACAGAUGUGUGUGUGUGUGUGUAAUAGUGAUUUUAAUCUUGGGGUUCUGUUUCAUGUUUAGCUUAGCUGGGGUAUGGCAUUAAAGAAAAAGGCCUUUUAAUCUACUGAAGAUAUGGAAACCAGCUGUCAAUAUUUGUUCAGCUGUAAGAUACUUGUUACAGUCUCUCCAUUUUUAAUGGCCAAUGUUUCUCCUUUCCAUGAAAGGAAAUAUUUUGUAUGGAAAAACAUGCACACAGAUGGCUCUCUCUCUCUCUCUCUCUGUCUCUCUCACUCUCUCUCUCACACACACGUAAUAAAAGAUUGCUAGAAAAGCCAA